CAUUUACAAUACUAUUCUACUCCUACUUAUAAACAACUAGAACAUAUUUCAAAAUGGCUUACAAUCUUCCAAAGAAAAAAGAUGGUAUAAAACUAGAUUAUCUACCAAUAGAUUGGACAACGAAAAAAGGUCGAAAAGUUGUUUUGGACGAGUACGACGUAAAGGAUGAACCAUCCUUACACGCAUUGUUCCAAGAUACCGUAAAUGUUGGCGAAAGUUACCCUCAAGAUUCAGCUACGUUAGAGGAGUUUCGCAGUUAUUACCUAACUCAUCAAGUAUUCGUUGUAAAGGAUUCUAAAGAAGGAAAUAUAUUAGGAGCGUUCUAUGUGAAACCAAACUUUCCCGGUCGUUCAUCGCACAUAUGUAAUUCCGGUUUUCUGGUUGAUGCUAUUUGUAAAGGCGAAGGAAUAGGGAAAUGGAUGGUAAAAAACUAUUUAAGAAUAGCUGCAGAUCUUGGUUACAAAGCCAGCUUUUUUAAUCUCGUCUUUGAGAUUAACAACGCCAUGAUUAGAAUAGCCCAGAAUCUUGGUUUCCAACAAGCAGGUCGUAUACCAAAGGCAGUAAAGUUGAACGAUGGCCGUUACAUAGAUGCUAUCCAAUUUUACAAAGAAUUUGAAGUAGAUGGCACCACUUAGUUUCAUAGUUGAAAGAAAAAAGGAGAAGACUACUUAAUAUAUGUAAAAGACUUUGUUAAUGAAAGGGAAAAUAACAAAAUAUUUCAUUAUUUAAUCAAAUUGUUCUACUAAAUUCUGUUUUUCUUUAUAUUUUAAAUAAAUUAAAGAUAGAGGAAAAGUUUUAAUGGAUAGUAGUUUUAUUCUUACUUUAAUCAUUUAAAUGUAAAGUAUAAAAAUAGAAGGGAAAAGAGAAGAGAGGGAAAGAAUGAGGAGGAGAAGAAGAAGAAGAAGAGAAGGAGACGGCGAAGAGUCUGGAGUAAACUUAAUAUGCAAUACUCGUGUGGAAAAUUUAAGCGGGCAAAUUUAAGGCGAAAUUAAGCGAAUAUGCGCUACGAAUCCUAAUUGGGAGAAAGGCCAAAGUUUUGACUUUUAUUUAUUUAUUUGGAUCUUUCUUUUCUGUUUGUCCGUGUGUGCGUCUCCUCUCUGUCUCUCUGUCUGUCUGUCUGUCUGUCUCUCUCUCUCUCUCUC